GAUAUUUUCGGCGGGGCGUAAAAGUUGCUUGGCUACAGUCAUAUGUUAUUCUUUGUUAUAUGUUAUCGUAAAUUGUCCGACUACCGAAAUUUACAGACGUAGUUCUUACACUUAUCAACGUUAAACCUUUUUGUUUUUUCUACCUUAAAUUGGCUGCUAGUUCAGCGCGUAAGAUUGUUCGAACUAAUCGUCAUGGAACUACCACCUUUUGAAUUACUUUAUACUACGUCAGAUAUACUUAAUGAAUUAGAAACUGCACUUGAAGAGUUGGAUCAAAGCAAGCUUUUCAAAGAUGUAGGAAGGCGUAGACGUCGGAGGAGAAACGGAGGACUAUAUGGUGUAGGGUUUGAAGCAGAAGAUCCCGAUUAUUAUAAUCCAGUGGGAAUAUGCUGUGAUAUCGCCUUCUACACUAAUGAGGAAUAUAAAAGACAUUUAGAUAGUCAUGUUAAAUGUCCUGUUGAAGGCUGCCCAUUUACGUCACAUCAGAAAGCAAUGCGUGUCCAUCAGGAAGUGAUCCACAAUAGUGGUUUGUUUAAUGUCAUCUACCGUGAAACUUGCGAUAAGUCAGUAAAAGUUUGGAGAGAAAGCCGUAAACGAAAUUAUCCAACUAUUGAGCGAGUUGAAGCGAAAAAGAAGCUUAUUAAAGAACGUAUAGAGCGAGGAGAAAUAUUUGAGACACCUCAAUUUGGUUCGAUGAACAAACCGAAUUCAAAUGUCCUACGUUCAUCACAAAUAGGUGAAGUCAAUGCUUCAUCUAACAAAAUGUCUACUUCGUCGAAAAAAACUAGUAAAACUUCAAAACAAUGUCAAAUAAAUAGUCCCAAUUCAGUUGUUACAAAUCAAGAAUCUAGCAUACGCUUAGUCCCUACGGAUUACGACAGUGAAAGCACAGAUAAUGACAAUAUUACUGUUAAAGAUAAGUCUUCCUGUGAUAUAAUCGAUCCUACUACAGAAUCUGUGGGAAAGCUUAAUAAUACUUCAAGCAGUCGACUUCGAAAACGCGGACGAAAGCAAAAGGGUGACAAGACCAAUGAUAAUCCAGAUAACGAAAAUACUGAAAAUUCUCGAGAUGAUCCAUUCGCAUCGCAUCCUUUAGUGAAGCUACAAGUUAAGCGACGACAAUGUCUUAGUGACAUUCAUCGUAUACAUAGUCGUCCAACGCUGCUACAGAUGUUAUUAGCUGAAGAUAUUCGAAAAGAACGUAAUCAACUUAUGCAAUGUAUUCGUUACAUUGUUAAUGAGAAUUUCUUUCAAGGAUAAUUAAUUUCAAAUGACACAUAUAUUUUAUAAUAAUAAGAGAUUUGUCGAAAGCUGAAAAAUAAAGUGUAA